CAGCGAUUUACCUCCCAGAGCCGGAGCAUGUCUAGGCAAAGGCCGCAUAGUUUGGAUGGAGUCAUCGCUGGAGGAAGCACAACCAACUCGGCAGCCGGACGCUUUCUGGUCUCUUAACUCUGCAGCCCCCGAGGUGAAGACACGCCACUCUUCCUGAAACCAGGCCCUGGGCCUGGGAGGCACUGAUCGUUUCUCAGCUGCUCAGGCUCACAGAUCUUUUCCAAGGAGGCUUGAUUUGGUAGAGCUCCCGGAUACGUGGCUUCUAUGGACUGCGAAGGCAACAUGGACCUGGGAGACCAAUGGACAUUGGAUGAAGGCAACUGGUUGGCACCUAACGGACUCCAUCCUUUUGCCAGGGCCAAAGGAGAGAACGAGUUCGCGGAAGCCACCUCAGCUCAGUUCAGCCCGGAGGAGUUAGGUCCCUCGCCUGUGUGUUAUAGCCCCAUUAGCCCUGCCCAGGUCCUGGAAGACACUGGUUAUCUCCUCUCAGACCUUCAGCUCUUUGCUGGCAGGUAUGAGACUUCACCACUGACAACAGAGGGAAGCAGUGGCGCGAGGGAGAAAGUUGUUGAGGAUCCCCUUUGGAACUUCCAGCCCGCGACCUUCCCGAGGAUCCCAGAGGUGGAGAUGAGAGGUUCCGAGGAAGUGGCGGCCGGGACAGUGUUACAGCGGCUGAUCCAGGAGCAGCUGAGGUAUGGCACCCCAACGGAGAACAUGAACCUGCUGGCCAUCCAGCACCAAGCCACGGGCAGCGCAGGACCCUCCAACAGCACGGCCAGCACCCUUUCUUCCACGGAGAACCUGACUCAAGAAGACUCACAAAUGGUCCACCAGUCGGCACGCCAGGAACCUCAGGGCCAAGAACACCAGGUGGACAACUCGGUGAUGGAGAAGCAGGCCCGGGCCGCCGCCCAGCCUCAGCAGAACAACGAGGAGCUGCCCACGUACGAGGAGGCCAAGGCCCAGUCCCAGUUCUUCCGGGGGCAGCAGGCGGGGCCCGUCGCCCCCGGUUACUACGCGGCCGGGGGGACGGCUCAGAAGUCCAGAACCGAAGGGAGGCCCGCGGUGAACCGAGCCAACGGCGGCCAGGCCCACAAGGACGACGCCCUCAAAGAACUCAAGCAGGGCCACGUCCGCUCCCUCAGCGAGCGGAUCAUGCAGCUCUCGCUGGAGAGGAACGGUGCUAAGCAACACUUCCCUACCUCGGGGAACGGCAAAGCGUUCAAGACGGGAGGGGGGCCGGCCCCGGCCCAGCCUGCGGGCAAGGCGAUGGACCCCCGGGGCCCUCCCCCCGAGUACCCCUUCAAAGGCAAGCAGGGGAUCUCUCCGGUCAGCAAGACUCAGGAACACGGGCUCUUUUACAACGAUCAGCAUCCCGUGGUGAUGCACGACCUCGUCAAGCCCUACCCCGCUCCCCAGCCCGCCCGGACGGAAGUAGCCGUUCUGAGGUACCAGCCGCCCCCCGAGUAUGGGGUCACCAGCCGGCAGUGCCAGCUUCCCUUCCAGGCCGGACAGCAGCAGCAGCAGCAGCAGCCACCGCCACAGCCGCCUCCCAGCCCCAUGCCCUCCCAGGCCCCGGCCACCCCCGGGCCCCUGCAUCCGGCCUCACUGCCGCCCUUGUCGUCGUCCCCGGCGGCCCAGCUGCUUCCGUCCGCCACCCCCCCGGCCCCGCCGCCGGCCCCGGACGCCUACGCCAUCGUGGAGCGGGCCCAGCAGAUGGUGGAGAUGUUGUCCGAGGAGAACCGGGCGCUGCACCAAGAGCUGGAGGGAUAUUACGACAAAGCCGACAAGCUCCAGAAGUUUGAGGUAGAGAUUCAGAGGAUUUCGGAAGCCUACGAGAGCCUCGUCAGGUCCACCACGAAGCGAGAGUCUCUGGACAAGGCAAUGAGAAACAAGCUGGAGGGAGAAAUCCGAAGAUUGCAUGACUUCAACAGAGACCUCCGAGACCGACUGGAGACUGCCAACAGGCAACUAGCCAACAGGGAGUAUGACGGGCAUGAAGAGAAAGCGGCAGAGGAUCAUUUUAUCUCCAAGAACAAGGAGCACUUGAAGGAGAAGGAGAAACUGGAAAUGGAGCUAGCGGCCGUGCGCACGUCCAACGAGGAACAGCGGCGGCACAUCGAGAUCCUGGACCAGGCCCUGAACAACGCCCAGGCCAAGGUCAUCAAAUUGGAAGAAGAGUUACGGAAGAAGCAGGCGUACGUGGAGAAGGUGGAGAAGCUGCAGCAGGCCCUGACCCAGCUCCAGGCCGCGUGUGAGAAGCGGGAGCAGAUGGAGCGCCGGCUACGGACACGCUUGGAGAGGGAGUUGGACGCGCUGAGGAUGCAGCAGAGGCAAGGAAACUGCCAGCCCCCGAGCCUGCCUGAGCACAACGCCCCGGCCCUGAUGGAGCUCGUGCGGGAGAAGGAAGAGCGAAUCCUGGCCCUGGAGGCCGACAUGACCAAGUGGGAACAGAAGUAUCUGGAGGAGAGCACCAUCCGGCACUUUGCCAUGAAUGCUGCGGCCACCGCCGCCGCUGAGAGGGACACCACAAUCAUCAACCACUCGCACAACGGCAGCUACGGCGAGAGUCCCCUGGAGGUCUGCGUCUGGCAGGAAGAGGAGGAGGUCCUUCAGGCCCACCGGAGGUGCCAGGACAUGGAGUACACGAUAAAGAAUCUCCACGCCAAGAUCAUCGAGAAGGACGCCAUGAUUAAGGUCCUGCAGCAGCGUUCCCGAAAGGAUCCCGGAAAGACCGACGCCUCGAGCUUGCGUCCCGCUCGCUCGGUCCCCUCCAUCGCCGCGGUCACGGGGACCCACUCUCGCCAGACGUCCCUCAGUGGCGGCCAGUUGGCGGAGGAGAAGAAGGAAGAGCGCACCUGCUGGCAAGGGAGUACAGGUCUUCUUCUGGGGAAAGAGCACCCGGAUCUCACGCCGGCUCCCUUGCUGCCGCCCCCGCCCCCCACAUCCUCGGCCUCGCCCCCAGCUCCUUCCCCGGGCCUGGCAGGCUCCUCUCACUGUAAGACCGGCAGCAGAGACAGCAGCACGCAGACGGACAAGAGCUCCGAGCUCUUCUGGCCCAACACCGCUUCCUUCCCCGGCCGAGGGCGACUGAGCCACACGCCCUCAAACAGUCCGGUCCUGAAUCACUCCGUGGCCAAAGGCCCUGGGGAAAAGACAGAGAGCGCCGCCGGCCCCGGAAAGCUGCCCGACAACAAAGGCCGAGUCAGCAGCCUGCUCCCCAAGCCCCCGUUCCCCGACGGAGACGUGAUGGAAGUCCUCAUCUAGGAGCGGCGUCCCCUCCCCUCCGGGCGGCUUCCGUGGAACAUGGAAUCCCAGGAAGGCCUCUCGGGCGGAGAGGGCGGGGCGGGAAGAAAAGGAUCGAGGUGGUCGGCGGGUGGAAGAUGGCGCAGGAUGGGGGCGGGUUUGGGGCGCUCCGGGCUGCCGGUGCCCAGAUUGAUUAGCAGGUGGAUGGAUAGGCGAGAAGGAAUCCUAAGAGGAGGAGGGGACGGGAAGCCUACAGGGCGGGAAAUGGAAGGGGAAGGAGUGCUUUCCCUGGAUAGGGGAUGCCGGGCGGAAUGCGGGCUCAGAAACGGACGAUCGGAGAAAGAAAACGGAAUUUCCCACUGUACAGAAACGGUAUCUCUUUCCGAGAGGCUUUUUAGCUCACAGCCAUCCUCUGGCUAAGGGUUUGCCGAGGAUGCAGAGAGGGGAUUCGCUCUCUCCUGCUGUGCCGUGGUGAUCUUUAGCCUAUGGCCUUUGAGUUUGAGGAGACGAAAGCCGAAAGGCCCACGAGACCCGCGGAUGGGCUUGGGUUUCCCUCGAGCCUCCAGCCCGGCUGCCCGCGAACCGUCGUGAGGUGGAGCCGUGCCCCCGAGCAGAGGGGUGCUUGGGAAGGAAGAAGUGUCGUGGCGUUGGAAGGGAGCAUCUAGUCCAGUCCUCUGCCUCCAGGCAAGGCAACAACCACCCCAGGACUUCCAUUCAACAGUCAGACCUGGCCCUGUUAGGGUCUGAGUUCCGGUUACUCUCAAAAACCUCAGUGGCCGCCAGAUCUCUUCCCGCUUCACCUUUGCUUCUCCUCCUCGAAGAAGCAAAAAGAGACAGAGUCCCAUUCUAUCAUGGAGGCUCCCUCCAUGUGGUACACAUUCUCAAGCGCUUAGUCCAGUGCUCGGCCUUCAGCAGGCGUUCGGUAAAUGCUGUCGAUUUUGAGAAUUCUUAAAAUGAGAUUCCCAAGAGGACCUUUCCGAGACACUCCCUUCUCACAAGCGUACGAAGCAAGUCAGGAGGAUAAAGUUCUAGGCUGAUAGACCAUCAUCUCCACAAACAGGUAUUUCCAAACCCAACUGAGACUUCCCCCUGGCCCUGCCCCAGAGUUCAUUCUUUGCUGAAACUGAAAGAGGUUAUUUUUUUCUGGUGGGUGUUCAUUCUUCUGGGUAGAUAGACUACAGGGGUCCCUUCCCUGCUGGUUAAUAAUGCCAGCGAGCUAUAACAGCUUUGGGAUGGUAAGCAGGCGGUCAGUCAACCAGGAAGUAUUUAUUGAAUGGCCAUGGGGGGCAGAGCACUAGAGGUUCGCUAGGGUAGCUUGCCAAACAGAUCUGUUUCCCUGGUAAAAUUUCAAGGACUAAGAACAAGCCGGCUCCCUCUGUGGCUGCAGUUGAGUCUUUGGAUCCCAGAGACCCCGGCUGAGGGGGAGAAGAGUUUGCUGAAUUUCUCAGCAUGUGGGGCAUAGACUACGUCCAACCCGAGUGACUUGUAUCUAUCCCGGCGCUUAGUACAGUGCCUGGCACAUAGAAAGUGCUUAACAAAUACCACUCAAAAAUUAAACUAAAAUACAAGCUCUCCUUUCUCAUCUCCUCUCUGCAUAGCAACCAGGUACGAUGGCUUUUCAUCCCAGACACACACUGAUCUCAAGGCACUCGCUCGGGCUGAAUCACAAUCCCACGCAGGUCUCUUUGCAGCCUGGUUUUCCUCCUCAAACUCUUCCUCGGUUUCCCCAAGGAGACCCCCUUGAAACACCUUGGCAGGCCCUGGCCUUCUUACUGCUCUCCAGCCAAUAAAAACAGGCAAGGAAGUGAAGGCAGCUGGCAGUAGAGUCAUAGGAAGUCGCUAAUGGAACACUGAGUUAAGAUAUUUAUUCUCCCAGCGGUGAGCUGAGCCAAGCAAAGAGAUACUUUUUCUAACCCGAGGACCUUGUUCAAUCUAUGCACUUAUUUUGUCUGGGUAUAAAGGAUGCCAGCGUUCUAUUAUUUUGCACUUCUGUUCAUCGGAGGAGUCAUACGUAUGUAGUAAGUGACAGCUCUUGAGUGUACGUUUCUAAGUAUUAGCAGCUUUGCAAUGCCAAAUGGAAUGUGGAAACCCACACCUUCUUUGAAAACACUAGGUGGCUUAGUCUAUACCUGGUAAAUGUCUGUUUCCAUUUUUGAAACUGGUUAAUUUAAAUGUCGAAAGUGUACGCAUUCAACAUGCGGGCUGUCUGUGGUAUAUGCGACUCUAAACGGGCACCGCUUAAAGCAUGUACAUCCCGUGUGUGUGCUUGCGGGGAGAUGGGAGGAGUAUUUAAUAAAGGCAUCAGGAACCGGUCAGCUGGGAGAGUGAAGUGCAGGAAGGGGCCGUGUUUUGAAAGCAUAAUGGACAGAUGGUUUUCUAAAAGUUCGUUGUUGUUUUUUUACAAUAGUUGUAUUGUGUUCUUUCAGAAAGAAUGUUUAAAUGAUGUAUAUAUGCAUGUAUAUAGCUAUAAAUGCAUAUAUAUGUUAGCAUAUAUAUGCGUGCGCAAAAAGUCUGGCUGUGCAUUCAAGGUUACGCCCGUAAAUGAUAGUUUUCCAGAAAAUCCGUUAGACUGAGGUUGCACGUCGUUGCCGUUUUGUGCCAUUGAGGUACUUCUUUAUUCUUUAACUCUGCUUCUUAGGAUGAUGAAAAUACAGCUCAUCUAUAUGUAGGCAUAUAGAUCUCAAUCUAUUUACAUUUUCUUCAAGCAUCGGUCCCUGCCGUUUUGCUCUCCCGAGUUGUGUUUACAAGUGACCCUUCCCAGGGUUUGUUGAGUCACAGUUAUUUAUUCUAGAAUGACGUGUAGGCCAAUUUAAGUCAGGUUGCCCAGUGGAAGGUUUAACUGAGGAAGAAUGGGAAGUUUUCCUCAGGGGUCUCAGGCCAAACCGAGGUGUUUUCGGCUUGGAACGGGCCACGGACCUUUCUGCACAAUGAGGCACUUGCAGAAUCUGUGUGAAGUUAUUUCUACUGGGGGUUCGACCGCGCCCCAACCUCAACAGAUAAGUGUUAACUGCGUUGCUACUGUUAUUCCUGCCUGCUAGCUAUGUGUGUGUUGUCAGGUGCCGUGAGCUUGUGCUGUGUAAUUCAUUCCAGGUGACACCAGUGGUGACUGGUUGUAAAUUAGUGGCAUCUCCCUAUUGCUGGUUUGUAUAGACUGGACGGUGUACAGCCAGGUGGAGAGGUGUACGUACAGGGGACGACAAAGUAUGUGGGCAAAUAUUGAUAUUGUCAGAUGGCCAAAGAUUUUCCUAUUCUUUGCUGCUUAAACUUGUGCCUUAAUAGUGUACAUAAUAAAUGCAUUAAAUGGC